AUGGGAGAUGAAGGGACGGUUUCCUCCAUGGGCCCUAGCUCGGAGGAAAUGGAGAAUUGCUCCAGCCACUCUUUGCUCUGCCGUCUCACCUCCCUGCUUCUGGUCCUGCAGCUGCCCACCUGGGUGUCCGCAGACGAGUUCCUUGUGAUUGGACCCUUGGACCCCAUUGUGGCGGUGCUGGGCGGGAAUGCCACGCUGCCCUGCUCCCUCUCCCCAGCCUUGAGUGCGGAGAACAUGGAGCUGAGGUGGUUCCGCAGCAAGUUCUCAGACGCGGUGUUUGUCUAUCGGAACGGACGGGAGCAGAAGGAGGAGCAAAUGGCCCAGUACGCAGGGCGGACCUCGCUAGUGAGGGACUUCCUCACCGACGGGGAGGCUGCUGUGCGUAUCCACAAGGUCCGCGCUGCUGACCAUGGGCUGUACACCUGCUUCUUCAAAAAGGGAGCCUUCUACGAAGAGGCCACCUUGGAACUGAAGGUGGCAGGGGUGGGCUCUUCCCCUCAAGUACGCAUCGACGGGCCAGAGGAUGACGGGGUCCGCGUGGUGUGCAUGGCCUCGGGGUGGUUCCCAAAGCCCCAAGUGCAGUGGAGGGACCUCAGUGGAGAGAAGUUCCUGGGGUUCUCCGAGGCCCAUGCCCAAGACGCUGAAGAGCUGUUCAGUGUGGAGGCCGCUCUGGUGGUGAGAGACAGCUCUGUGGGGACUGUGACCUGCUCCAUCCUCAACCCCAUCCUGGGCCAGGAGAAGGCGAUGGCCAUUUUCAUCUCAGAGCCCUUCUUCCCUCAGGCCUCUCCCUGGAAGCCAGCAUUUGCUGUGACCAUGGUCAUGUUGGGUCUCCUGCUCUUUGGGGCUGGAUAUUUUAUUAAAAGGGAACAAACCACAAAGUUGCAGGAGCAGCAGAAACGGGAGAAUCUGCGCCGGGCUAAGGAGGAGGACCAGAAGGCAAAGGAGGAGGCGCUGAGGGCUGGCGAUGAACUCCAGGCAGAUCUCGACUGGAGGAAGGAAGCUUACAUGGUUGCCUGGAGGAAGGCCCAGCUGUAUGCAGAUUGGCGGACGGAACAGUUCCAGGCCUGGUCUGUCACUCUGAAUACAAGCUCUGCCCAUUCCAACCUGGCCAUCUCUGAGGACAAGAAGAGUGUGACCUGGAAGGACACCUGUGGUGAUUCAACUGGCAGCUUCAGUGUGUUGGGUCUUGAGGGCAUCACGUCAGGGCGACAUUACUGGGAGACAGAGGAGCUGCGAAACCUCUGA